GCCAGGGAUCAACAGUAGAACAAAACCUGUAAGAAGACGAUCCGCGCGGCCGGGGCCGAUCGUCAGACACUUCGGAGCGCGGCGGGCUUUUGGACUGACCGUGUUCACUUUCGGUACCGACAGGGAGCUGGGCAGCAGGGCGGCACAGACACGCGGCCAUGGAAGCCGAGUUUCGAGAAAUCGAUGGACCCGGGUCCGGGAACUGGAACGCCGUUUAUCAGGAAAUCCGUCAGCAGUCAUGCGAGCUGCCCUGCAAAGUUGCCAAACUGUCCGAGAACAAGUCCAGGAACCGCUACAGAGAUGUGAGCCCCUUCGAUCACAGCAGAAUUCGUCUAGAGCUUGGAACAAACGACUACAUAAAUGCAAGUUUGAUUUCCGUGGAAGAGGCAAAGAGGAGCUACAUCCUCACUCAGGGUCCCCUACCGAACACAUGCGGUCACUUCUGGGAGAUGGUUUGGGAACAGAAGACACGUGGGGUGGUCAUGCUGAACCGUGUCAUUGAAAAGGGCUCGGUGAAAUGUGCCCAGUAUUGGCCCCCGCGGGAUGAAAAGGAGGUGGUCUUCCACGACACCAACUUUAAGCUCACCUUGCUCUCAGAAGACGUCAAGUCCUACUACACGGUGCGGCAGCUGGAGCUGACCAAUUUGUCGACGCAGGAGAGCAGAGAGGUGCUGCAGUUCCACUACACCACCUGGCCUGACUUUGGCGUCCCCGAGUCCCCCGCCUCCUUCCUCAACUUCCUGUUCAAGGUCCGCGAGUCGGGCUGCCUCAGCUCGGACCAGGGUCCCGUGGUGGUGCACUGCAGCGCGGGCAUCGGGCGCUCUGGCACUUUCUGCCUCGUCGACUCCUGCCUCCUGCUGAUGUCCAUGCGCAAAGACCCUUCGUCUGUACGAAUUCCAGAUGUUCUGCUGGAGAUGCGGAAAUACCGCAUGGGCCUCAUCCAGACUGCAGACCAGCUCCGCUUUUCCUACCUCGCUGUCAUCGAAGGAGCCAAGUACAUCAUGGGAGACAAGUCUGUGCAGGAAUCCUGGAAAGAGCUCUCCAAUGAGGACGACCCUCCGGAAUUCACUCCCCCUCCACCAAGACCCCCCAAAGACCCUCACAACGGCACAAGCGGGUCCAUCUCUUUCUUCCCCAACGAUGGGCACGAGGAGGUCAUCCAGAGGCACCACAACGAAAUCCGCACAUACAGCUCCCCGCCACAGCUGCGCAGGAGAGGCGGAGACGACGACGACGCUGUCCCACCCCCCGUGGCUCCCUGUCCUGACCUCCCCGACGGCCGACUCGGGUUCACGGAGCAGGUGGUCAACGCGCAGAAGAACAAACCGCCACAACGGCAGCCUGAGGAGAAGGAGGAGCCGACGAAGGGACAGGCCUCGCGGGCCAAGGACGAGAAGGACGAGUACGGCCAGGGGGCCUGGACGCCCCUGAUGACCCGCGUGUGCCUGUGCACCGCCCUGGCCCUCGGCGCUUACAUCUGUUACAGAACCUGUUUCCAUUGAUAACCCCCCACCCUUCCCCAAGCAGCCUGCUCCCCCGACUCGCUGUACCCCGGGACAGAGCGAGGCGCCAGCAAUUUUCUCUUCAAACGCAAAGUGAUUUGCUGGGGGCAUUAGAGGUUUCGGGGAGGAGCCCCUUCCCUGCUGGUGUUCUCUGGCCCCCUCCGUGGACUGUGUUAGAAGCUCAGGGCCCUCAUUUCAGGUGUCACAUCCCAGUGAUAGAACUGGUUUUCGUGAACACAAACGGCCGUUUUUUACAUUUCGCCAAUAAGGGAAUUGUUUGUGAACACAUCAUAGUUACGUAUACAUAUGUAUAGAUAUAAUUUUUACAAUGUAUAAACCAUAAGGUAAGCAUGGUUUACUAGAACACAUUCUUACAUUUGUACUUCCAUUUCUGCCUUUCCAGACAGCGUAUUUUUCCUGCGUUUCUUUUCCCAGAGUAUUUCCUCUAUCGGCCCUGCGAAGAUAGGGUUGUGAGCAAAGACGUUGUGCGGGGUUCUUUGCAAGAGCACGAAUAAAACGUGGACGGAUGGAAACGGCACGCAACCAAAAAAGCAGUUCAGAAAACCAAAAGUGAGCAGAAGGGAAUGAGGUUGAGGGCUGCGGCAGGCGCUUUUGUGUCGCCGGGGGCCCCGGCUCUCGGGGUCCGAGGUGGGCUUCGCGCGUCGGUCUUGCCACAGAGCUGCUCCAGUCACAUGGUCGCACCGCAGAGUGGUCUCCCAGUGCCGCACGCUCUUCCAUUAAAAUACACACAUACACACUGUGCUGCCAGCCACCCUCUCCUCUCGCCAGCAAUACGGGGACGCCGCUUCUGCCCUGGGACUGAUCUGAAUGGGGUGGAGGGGGUGGGGGGCACCCAAACCCAGUCACCAGCGCAGAGGGGAGCGGGAGGCCGAGGUGGAGACUCUUCAGGGGCAGGGUACCUGCGGGCUGGGGGAGGGGUGGGGGUUGCUAGAAGGCCUCAAUUAGCUGCAGCCACCUUUUCAAGCCUUUAGCCUGAGCAGUGUGUGAGGGAGCUUCGGCACGUCCACCUGGGCGUGUCGGUGUGUGACCGCCACCUGAGAGUGUCCAUUUCCUCUACAUGUGCUCACCACCGUCAGUUCUUUUUGUUUUUUUUUUUUUUUUUGUCCAUUAUCAGUCAUCUGUACUCCUUUCUAUACAUACACGCAUAUUGCUACUGCUUUUCUUGUUUUUGCAUCCGAUACAUGUCGAAGGUUUUAUUUUCUGGCUGAUCGCUGGACACAGGCUGUGGUAAUAAAGUCGUGCGUCUCGGA